UACCAUCGCGAGUCUCCUACUGGCCACACAAGCCUAUCGCCCAUCCGCAUCCCCACGCCUUUGAACCACAAAACAUCGUCUAGCAGUAUACGGCUGCUCACGCGAACCCCGAGCCUCAGGGCUGCCCUUGCGCAUUCAAUUGGAUCUGCUAGCGGUACUAGCAGUGUCAUUUCAAGCCCUAUGAUUACUGCAAUGGGAGACGUGACGCCUUUGCCGAGCCCUCUUUUGUCGGGAGAAUCUCCUGGGCCGUGGAAGAAGCUGACUGUCGGCUCUGUAUCCCCUCCUCAACAUCGCAGUCUGUUGAGCAGUCUUGGUGAGGAUUUGCCCUCGAUGGCGGCCCCGGCAGGGCCAAUGAGAGGCUCCAAUCCAGCGGCUUCUUCUUCGAGACGCAAACUAUAUGCCAGCCUAGCCGAAAAUGAUGGCGCCAGUCAGCCUUUGCCCAAACUCUCGCAACAACUUCAACAUGAAACUCAGUCUCAACCUCAUACAAGAAAUCGAAGUCUCAGUGAAUAUACGGCGCCAGAUCCCACUGCCAUUCCUAAGAGGAUUGUAUCGGUAUCUGGUCCUCACGCGAAACCUGAUCCUCAAGGUCCUCAGAUGAAAAGAGAGCAGAAUCUAGCAGAAUCACGCGGUCUAUCUCCUAGCGUUACAAAGCCGCCGACCCCUCCCCCUAGCGAGUCAUCCAGGGACACGGCAGAUGCUUCAUCAGCCUCACGCUACGAGUAUUUCGAAGCUUAUGACCGACAUGAUCGGAAGCGGAGACGCUGGCGCUCGGUACGAACUGUGGGUCAAGGUACCUUUAGCAGAGUUGUAUUGGCUACCAGUCAGAUGGAUCAGCCCAAAAACCUCAAUGCCGAUUCAGGAACCAACAUUGCCGUAACAGAUCCCCCGCUUGACCGAAAGACAUUGGUAGCUAUCAAAGUGUGCGAGCAUGGUCCUCAAGGAGGGGCCAGCGAGGAACGUGUUGAGAUGAGCCUCAAGCGAGAAUUGGAAAUCAUGCAGUACAUUCAUCAUCCUAGUCUGGUUGACCUCAAGGCAUGGAGCAUAGAACCCACGAGAGCCAUUCUCGUCUUGACUUACUCUCCUGGAGGAGACCUGUUUGAUGUCGCUACGGCCCACCGAAAGCUUUUGACACCACCUCUAUUGAGAAGGAUUUUCGCUGAGCUGGUUGGCGCCGUGAAAUAUCUUCAUGAACAAAUGAUUGUCCAUCACGUUCUCGUCAAUCUUACACCCAAUGAGCUUGCAGACCCAUCAGUCAACUGGAGCACAUACCCGCAUUCAGUGAUUGCUUUGGCUGAUCUGGGCUUGUCAAGACGAAUCGCCGAGGAUGAGAAGCUUGAGACGCGAUGUGGAUCAGAAGAUUACGCCGCUCCUGAAGUCAUCAUGGGUCAGCCUUACGACGGGCGUGCUACUGAUGCGUGGUCACUUGGUGUGCUUCUAUACGCUCUUCUCGAGUCUCGACUUCCAUUUGAUCCUCCUCCAGGCAUGAACGAUUCUCAUAAAAUGAGGAGUCGAAAGAGCCACCGGAUUGCUAGAGGCGAAUGGCGUUGGAUCGAGUACGGGGGCGAUGACGGUGACCAUGAAGGCAACGAAGCUCGUUUCAGAGAAAGGGGCCUCUUGGACGCCAUGCACAUCACAGAGGGCCUUCUCAAGCGUGCCCGAAGCCGCUGGACGUUGCAGCAAGUUUUUAACACGCCUUGGGUGCAAGCUGGAAUUACCGUGGAAGGCGGUAUACGCUUUCGAGAA